AUGGAUCACCCCGAGGCCAACAUCCGCCCAAGUACCGAGAUCUCUCCGGCCACCAUUCCAAACCCGGAAGAACAGGACCUGGAACGAACCUCAGGCAAAGCCGAAGACGUGGAAAUAUUGACGGCAACCAAGGAACUACCCACCCCACAAGAGCGAGAUGGAGUGAAAAGCAAGGCACCAACGCCAAAAAAAACGCUCUCCUUUAAACUCGCCUUCGUAGGGCUGGCUGCCAGCCUUUUUGUUUUCCAGGUGGAUGCCACCUGCCUGGGUAUUGCCCUUCCAACUAUAGCAGGCGAGCUAAAGGGCUCAAGUUUAGAGUCUUUCUGGGCGAAUCUUGCUUACACCCUAUCUGGACUGGUCACCCAACCAGUCUGGGCCAGUAUUUCCAACGCCUUCGGUCGAAAGCCACCCCUAUACGUAUCUAUGGGACUAUUUCUUAUCGGUUCCAUUGUUUUCGCUAUAGCCCAAAACAUGAGCACUAUAAUUGCCGCACGGGUCCUCCAAGGCCUCGGCGGUGGUGGAAUUGACCUUCUGGUGAUGGUUAUUCUCGCGGAUAUGACGACACUCGAGGAGCGCCCGAAAUAUCUUGGCUUAAUGGCCAUUCCUUCGGCCAUUGGCAAUAUUAUGGGGCCUGUUGUCGGUGCGCUUUUCUCGACCUAUGCUACCUGGAGAUGGAUUGGCUGGAUCAACCUCCCGUUGUUAGGAAUUGGUAUACCAUUGGUGUACUUCUUCCUUAAACUUCGCCCCGUCCCACUCGAUACAACGCUAGCUAGUAACUUGAAACGCCUCGACUGGAUCGGUAUGGCGCUUGUUAUCAUUGCAAUUACAAUUUUUGUUGUACCUCUGAGUUGGGCAGGCUCCUUAUUUCCAUGGGCUUCUUGGCAGACUCUCCUUCCACUGUUGUUGGGAGUUGCGGUGUUUGUCAUCUUCGUCUUUUACGAGGCGAGGCCCGCGGCACCUAUCAUUCCUUAUCGAAUUUUCCACUCCAAGACUGGAAAUCUGACACUAGUUGGAGGCUUCAUCCACGGUAUAAUUAUGGUAUCUAUACUACAGUACUUGCCUUUGCUAUACCAAGCGGUGGAGCUAGAGAGUGCUAUUUCAUCGGCUCUCUCCCUAUUGCCCACUGUUAUUAUAAGCGUGGUAGUCGCAGCCGUCUCAAUGUUGAUGGUCCCAUUGUUUGGAGGAUACGUAUGGCUUCUACGACUGUCAUGGGUUGUUCUUACACUGGGAACCGGUUUGCUAGCUCUUUUCGACGUAGGAACCUCGUCAUCUAUGCGUUACGGGCUUCCUAUUCUUUGGGGACAAGGUGUUGCGCUACUACGUCUCAAUAUUCUUCCUAUGCAAGCUAGUGUCAAAAAUGUUGACGACACAAGCUUAGCUAUGGGGCAGUUUCUCGCCAUUCGCUUGUUUGGAGGUCUUGUUGGCCUUACAAUCUCUUCGGCUAUUUUUAACAGUGUUUUCGCGGCAUCAAUUUCUGAUGCUACCAUUCAGCUGACGGGGGAUUUGGCACCUUUGAAAGACGCCUCCAAUGCUGUCAACUUCAUUGACGAGUUGAGAUCACUAGAUGUAUCUUUUACAAUCCUAGAGCAGGUUUUGAGGGUCUAUCUGAAGUGCUUCCAGGCGAUCUUUUAUACGAUGACUGGCCUUAGUGGACUGGGAUUGCUGACUUCGGUGUUUUUGGAUGAAAUUAAUCUCAAGGGACACGCUCUUGGGAAUCAGCGUUUCGAGGAAUAG